CGUACAAUGACGACUCCCGACCCGUCUCCUCAAUUUCUCUCUUCACGCCACUGCAUUUCUUGCAAAUUUACGAGCUUCCGGAUUCUCUGAGGACCGGUCAUGCCUCCAUUCUUGUCGACCUGUAAGUCGGUGGGAUCGAUCGUGGUGCGCAAAUAUUGGAAGCGGCAUGUGAUUGAGCCUGCUUCAAGCUAUCGGCAGCUUCACAGACCGUCUGAUGCAAACGAGGACCUCCGGAUUCUACGGGGGAGCUUGCAUAGCGGUGAUGCUGUGCAGAAGAGGUGGUUUCUGGGUUGUGGAGAUGGCGAAGACGGAGGCGCUUUCUCUAAAGUCUAUGAAGAGAGGCGUGUUCUGGGGUAUUCUCCAGUGCAGUUAUUUGAUGUUGUUGCAGCUGUUGAUCUGUAUCAAGAUUUUGUUCCCUGGUGUUAGUGCUUGGAGAUACUUCAGAGUUAUCCUGAUGGAUCAUUUGAUGCCGAGCUUGAGAUUGGUUUCAAAUUUCUAAUAGAAAGUUAUGUUUCUCGUGUAGAGUUGAAAAGACCUCAGUACAUAAAGACUACAGUGUUGCAAAGCACCCUCUUUGACCAUCUGAUAAAUAUUUGGCAAUACAAUUCAGGACCAGUUCCAGGAUCUUGCAACAUUUACUUUUUGGUAGAUUUCAAGUUCCAGUCACCACUCUGCCGACCAGUUGCCUCCAUGUUUUUCAGGGAAGUAGUCUCUAGACUUGUUGGUUCGCUCAGUGAACGCUGCUGUUUGAUAUAUGGACUGGGGGUUCCCAUUCAGGAAGAUGCUUAUGGGCAGAGGGCUCAAAAGUGUGGUUCCUGGUCUCGGCACAUACUGCAUAGGAAGGACGUUGGCGCAUUAUAAAUUCUGGUGCAAUAAAUAAGCUAACCUUCAUAGAGUUGUUUACCUUGCUGGUCUCUCAUAGUCUGUUCAUAAGUGUAAUUGCGAUUCCUUCUCUUUAGAUUCUUUUGGACAGUAGUUGAGGAGCUGUUAGCUGCUCAAUGUAGGCCUCACUCUGGCAGUGUUCCUAGCAAAACAUCUUCGUACCACUUUUGCCAUUGCUCUUCAUUGAUUGCUGUCGGGACUCCUACAUGCUCAAGAAAUAAGUAUGACUUGAUCCCUA